GGUACAUACCAACAUAAACAAGAGGGGAUAAGUUUAAUAGUGUAUUGUAAUAUUGAACCAGCACAACAACAUUUACACUAAUGAUUAAACAUAUAUACUCGGUUAAAUUAAAGGUUUUAUCAGUUGUCACGUUGUAUUAAACGCAAACGUGAACGAUAUGGAUGGCUAAAAUAUAAUCAUGUAUAAAAAUCAAAUGACGUCUAUAUAUUACUUUGCGAAUCUAGUCAUAAGAAGAUCCCAAGUAUUAAUGACAAUGCUCCACGCCCACAUCCCGUGACUCGAUGCUUUAUAAUAUCCUGCGGUAUUGCUAAAAUCUUAAUAUUCUGAUUUUGAAUUUUAUUGCAAGUGGACGUGUUUCGUACAUCGGAAAAAAAAGAUUCUUUUUAUUUUAUUUUUUAUAAAAAAAAGUUUGCCAUUCGAAUUAUUUCGGGCAAACGUAUUGAAAGGAAAAUCCUCACGUAAAAAAAAUAAUAAAAUCAACAAACAUGAUGAGGGUGAUACUGAGCUGCGUCUUCCUAGGCUUUCUUAUGCAAACUUCAUUCGUUUCUGGAGGGUUACCUGACUGGGUACCGCCAGAAAUUAUUGAAAUGGCGGCAGGAGAAAAGGGAAGAUGCAUGGGCGAGCAUGGAACCACACAAGAUAUGAUUGAUCAGGUUAACGCUGGUAAUAUUCUAAAUGAUCGUGCUUUAACUUGCUACAUGUUUUGCCUUUUUGAAUCCUUCAGUAUAAUUGAUGAAGACGGUGUACUGGAGUACGAAAUGCUUCUUGAAAUGUUUCCAGAAGAUAUUAAAAAUAAAGCAACUGAUAUUCUAGGAGGUUGUGCCACACAAUCUGGAGCUGACAACUGCGAGAAAGUCUACAAAAUUGCCACGUGUGUCCAGGGCAAAGAUCCCGGCAUGUGGUUUAUGAUUUAGAAACAUUAAAAAAACGCUGGCAAUGAAAUAAAAAUGGGCGAGUUUAUUGACGAACGAUUUAAGAUAUUGGAAGUAUUGGAAGAAGAAAUUAAAUUACCUGAUUCAGGAUUUGUUUUAUUUUAAAUUACUUGGGAGCGAGAAAAAAUAAGUUUGAACUUUUGAUUUAUUAUUCAAAGUUUUAAGGACCGACGGAAUGUGUUAAUGUCAGUGUAUAUUUGUGUGUGUGUGUGUGUGAAUGAAAAAAAAAGAUAAGUACGUGACAAAUUCAAUAUACACAUACAAUAAAAUGUUCUAAUUAUCAAUGCGCCUUUUCUGGACCUGGGUAACUACCAAAUAUAAUCAAUUAUCAAUAAAGAGUAAUAUAAAAUAAUAAA